CACUGUCAGAGGACUACAAUUCCCACUUAAAAGUUACCGUCCCCGGAUAUAUUGGUUCCUUAUAAUUUCCGGUCUCCAUUUAUUCCCCGAUUGUUUCUCAGAAGAAAUAUCAAGAUAAGUUGGUUAUUUGAAAAUGAUGUGGGACGGACCCAGGAGAGGACCACAAGGGGGCCCACCCUUUCGUGGGGACAAUCGUGGAGAAAUGUUUGGGGGCCGAGAUGGCCCUAUGCCUGAUUUCAGGGGUAGAGACGGAAUGAACAUGGGUCCCAGGGGACCACAGGAUCGGGGGCCUCCUAUGGACAUGAGGAGGAUGGACUGUCCACCUGAUAUGAGGGACCGUGACAUGGAACCACAUGACAUACGAGGGAGAGGAGAACCACCUAGGGAUUUUCUGGGGAGACCUGGAGAAGAACCAGACUUCAGCCUCAGAAGGCAGUAUGAAAUGUCAAUCAGGGACAAGCUGCUUAAUGCAGCUGCUGGUGGUGGUUUCAUGGGGCCUGGGCCAGGCAUGGGAGGGAGAGGAAUGGGAGGGAGAGAUGUGAGGGGAAGAGGCAUGGGAGUGAGAGGCAUGCCUCCACGAGAUCUACGAGAGUCAAAUGACAGAUUUAUGGACAUGAGAGACAGGGAUAUGUUCCGCAAGGAUAUGCCAGGCUUCAACAAUCCAGACAUGGAUGGAAGGCGAGGAGGAUUUCCCAUGGAGCCUAUGGGUAGAAAUGAGGUGUUCAGAGACAUGCGUGAUAGGGACAGGCCACCCAUAGACAGGCCCCCGAUGGGCAUGGAUGACAUUGAUGGGUUUAAUAUGGACAUGCCUCCACGAGAUCGAGACCGGGGAAUGAUGGACUUUGACAGGAGGGGUGCUCCCCCAUUGAAUCCAAGGAAAAGAUUUGAGUCUGAUACGGACUUCAGAAACCGCGUUGGACCUCCAGCUGAAUUCCGAGAUAGGGAUAGAUCUCCCGUAAGAUUUGCCGACAAUGAUGGUGCUCCAAUGGAUGUCAGGGGAAGGCCUGGCGGCCCUCCAGAUCUUGGUGGCCCAAACAGACCCAAGUUUAUGGGUACAGAUCCAGAAGGCACCCUUAGAGACAGAGAAUUCCCAGAAAUGGAAGAGGUGUCGCUUGCAGAGGAGUGGAAGAACCGUAAGAAGGAGAAGGACUCUCUUCCAUCUCCCAUGACCAGAGGUCUUCCUCCUUUCUCCAAAGAGAUGCAGGGACAGCGAUUCCCUCCAGUGUCCAGAGAAGGUAGUCUUCUUGGAGAGCCGGAAAACUUUAAAGAAAGGAACAUGCCAUCUACAGAAUUCCCUGGGAAAAAAGAUGGGCCUCCUUUUGGCUUCCCUCACCCCAACAGAGAAGCUCCAGGUUCCCAGAACUGGGAUAAAAAGCCAUCCACAGAUAUCCCUGGGAUGGAUCUGCCACCUUUUGGCCGUAGAAGUCUUCAGGACCCUCCCUUUCCACCCAUGGGUCCUGGGCUCCUGCCAAACAUGCCGAACAGAGAGAAUGACGGCAAGCGCUGGCCCGAACAUGGGGAUCCCAAGCAGAAUCAAAAUGCACCAAAUCGAGUUGACAGGCCCCCAUACCUCUUGGAGAAGGACAGACCCCCAUACAUCCCAGAGAAGGCUCCACCAACUCCACUGGGCCAUGGGCCAAAAGAUAAAACUCGUUUCAAAGGGCCGAAGGAUGCAUUGCUUGAACAAGGCCCAGAGAGGGUUAAGCUGGUUCCAGGGCCAGACUUCCAAGGCAAAGACCAGGACUACAGGGACAUUGAUUACAGAACAGGUCCAGGGAUAGUCUUUGACUACAAACACGAGGAGCUGCCAGGACCUGACAAAGUUCUAAAAGAAUCUAAAGCAGUCCCGCCUCCAAAAUUCAGUGACUCUGGUUCCCAGGAUCAGGAUUACCGGAGUGCAUCUGUGAAGGACAAGGUUACUCAUACAAUUUGCAUCACUGGGAUUCCUAAGACAGCCACAAUGGAGCAGAUCCUUGGUGCCUUUGCAGUUCGUGAUGGUGUCCCAAUGCAGGGCAUGAAAAUCAAGAAUGUUGUGCCAGGUUACAGCUACGAUACGGCCUAUGUGGAGUUUUUAAACCUCGAGGAUGCAGUCCACUUCAUGGAAUCCAACCAGGGAUCCCUGAAGGUUGGCACUAAAACAGCUCUAAUGCGAUACGUCCAGCCGGACAGAAGUGGCAAGGAAGCUCUAGAACCAGGGCAUAAGGCAGGCCCUCCGACCCAGGAACCCCUACUGCCAAGCCCAGGCCAGCUCCUGGUCAACAAGGCCAAGAAUGAGCACCACAGCCAGGAUGUCUCCCAAGCCAAGGCCCCAGUUGACCCCCUGUCCCAGCAGGGCUCAUGGCAGCGCAGCUCGGACCUUACCCCAGAGGCCUGGCAGCAGCAGGUGGACCAGCAACUUAGACAGCAGGAGGCUGAGCAGCAGGCAGAGUCCUGGGCCAGCCGCAACCCCCCUCGCCAAGGCCCUGGCCCACAUCAGAUGGACCCCAUCUUUAAGGAGAGCAAGACCAUGAUCAUAAAGAAUGUGAAGCCCACCACUACAGUGGAGACCAUUCUGAAAUCCCUGGACCCCUUCGCCUACCUUGAUGAGAGGAACGUUCGUCUGGUCAGAGGAAAACCCCCGGGAGCCAAAUGCUUCUGCUUCGUAGACAUGGACUCCCAUGAGCAAGUGACCCGUCUGGUAGAGCUCCUCACCAAGCCCAGGCCUCUCUCUAUCGAUGGGGUCAGGGUUUACGCUGAGGUUGCUAAGCCACUGAAGAACCAAAACUACAGAAAAGAGUUUGAUAAAUCCAACACUUCUCUCCUGGGGUACCCACCUGAGGCCAGUAUGACGGAGCAGCAGCAGUACUAUUCAUCCCAACCUCACAACCAGCCACCAGUAGGCCGCCCACCUAAACUGCAAGGCGAUCAUAUGGGUGGACCGAUGGGCUCAGACCCUCUCUCCAAUUCAUCUGUCUCGCACUUGAACUCCAGCAUGACUUCGGGAGGUGGCUAUGCUGAACCUCCACCAGUUGAUCCCUACCACCAGGCUCUGGACCCCCAGGUCGCCUCUGCUGCAGCAGCAGGGGGGAUGACAGCAACAGGAGAUCAUGGCACUGAUGGCUACAGCUAUGCUACUGAAACUCCAGACAUGACAAACUACCUGUAUGAUGCCACGUCUGGGUUCUACUAUGAUCCCCAGACUACCCUGUACUAUGACCCUGCCUCUAGGUAUUUCUACAAUGCCCAGACCCAGGAGUACCUGUACUGGGACAGUGUGUCCAAAACAUACAUCCCCGUUCCCGGAGGACACUCUACAGAUACCCAGCUCCCCAUUGCCCAGUCUGGUGUUGCCUUGGCGCCAGACGUACAGGCCAUUCUGGCUAAUCCAGCAGCAGACGCUCCGCUGGACAUGAAGAGACCAGAGCCAACCCCUCACUUCGACCCUCCCCAGCUCCUGAACCCCACUCCUGCCCCUAACCCCAACCCUAACCCCAACCCUUCCCCCGAGAGGAGAGAGGAGGAGGACACUGCACCUCGCAUGGACAAGAAAGACAACAAAGACAAACCAGGAGAGAAAGAGGAGAAACCCAGGAGCCUAGCCGCUUUCAAGAUCAUGAAGGAUAUGGAGCGCUGGGCUAAGAUCCAGAACCGUCAGAAGGACAGCGUCCGUGUUCCGUCCCCUGUACUCAAGACCUCCGGUGGCGGGCUGGACGACAGGAAGUCCUCCAAGGCAGCUGACGCCGCCUUCACCAUCUUCGAGAGGAAGGGUGGAGACGACCUCUUCAAGAAGCCUAUGGCUCCUCCCAAGAAAGAGGGGAAGGGCUCAAAGCAGUCCAUUGGCUCUCUGGGCCUGCUGGCGUCAGACUACGCAGCAACAGGCAGUGAUGAGGAGGAGGAGGUGGUGCAGCAUGAGGAUCCUCAGGCCUCUAGGAGUCAGUCUCAGGAGAAGGAAGACAAGCUGACAGACUGGAAGAAGAUGGCGUGCCUGCUGUGUAGGAGACAGUUCCCCAAUAAGGACGGCCUGGUGCGCCACCAGCAGCUCUCAGACCUCCACAAGCAAAACAUGGAGAUCCACAUGAAGAUCAAGAGAUCAAAGAAAGAGCUGGAGGCUUUGGAGAACCAGGAGAAAGAGCUGAGUGCCAGGGAGUCCAACGGCUCCCCUGAACAGAAGAGAAGGAAACAUCAACACCAGAAUAGCUGGGUCGGUGGCUCCAGGGACAUGCAUAAAGGAAGCGAGAGGCCGGGGUUAGGUUCUGAGCCUGUUGAGGAGCUGGGUUCUACAGUUUGAACCCCUGCUGUGUCCCCCAUCUAGAUGUGUGAAGAGGAAGAAAAAGGAGUCUGUUGUCUGGAAUCAUGCCACCUACAAACAAGCGGUGCGCAAGGCCAUGUUCGCACGCUUCAAAGAACUGGACUGACAUUUCCUCCUUUUCAGUUUAUUAAACAUUUCGCUAAAUUGAGUGAGUCACUGAAGGCUUGUACGGAAUGACACAUUUACCCAAAUGGUGCAUACCGUUCUUCAACUGCCUUUGAGCUAUGUUUGCUGUUGGUGGGUGUGACCUGAUCAAUAUUGGCGUGACCUUUUCAAAUUACUAAACUAAUGCAGUGCACCAUACACAUUUGCCCUCCGUACCACCAUACUCAACAUUCUUCAUAACAGCACCGUUUCCUUUGAAUCAAACGCUGCACAUCGUUCUGUUCUGCUGAACACACCCCACAUCACCCAAUCCCGACUGUGUCCCUGUGUUUGUAUGUAUGGGCAACAUUGGUCGAAUUAAUGUGCCUGCCAAAGCCUAGCGGAUCUUUUGGACUGAGCCCACCUCUUACUGUAUCUGUGGGCCCACCUCACUGUACUACCAGCAAUGCAAUCUGUCUGUAGCUGUAGCUGUUGAGACAAUGGAGCUGUAGGGAGACCGUUAGGGCCUCCACAUUUCUGCAGUGUUCUCUAUGCUUGUUCGAGGGCCAUUCACAACCCCCCCCCCAGUGCUGACAGAGCCAGAUGAUCUGAGAGACUGAAUUAAUGUGAGCAAGAUGGCAGGAGAGAGGGAGAAGAAGCAGUGGAGUUGGUGCUAAGUUGCUCUACAGACUCAACCCAAAUAGCAAGCUGUCUUUGACCUCCUAAUCAAUCCUUUUAAGGGAUGUAGCUUUUUGUUUUGCCAUGUGUGUGUGGCUGAUGUGUAGUGUUAUUGCAGCCAGAUCUGGCGUUGUAGAAUACUUGUUGUAUGCCACCGGGUGGUUUCAGCUACACACGGUCAUUUAUUUUAACACAGCCUUUUUACAUGGACUUAUUCCUUUCCUUGUUUGAUUUAUACUCUGUAUUGUGUGCACACCUUUUUUAAGUAAAAUAUGAAAUCUACUUGAA